UUCACCUAUAAAUUACUCUCUCUUUUACCUCUGGAGUUCAUCUGCAAUUGACUAAUAAAUUUGAUCAUGGUUGGUUGGGAUCCGCGCAGAAGCUCUCAAUGGAUUCAUAAUCAUAAAUACUAGGGUUUCCCACCUCCGUGCAUCACCGUCAAGACAUACAUAUAUACACAAUUAUUGAUGCUGCUUCAUCUUGAUCUGUCGAAGAAUGGAUAAGAAGAAGGUGGUAGCUCCAUUGAUCUGCCAUGGGCAUUCUCGGCCCGUUGUCGACCUGUUCUACAGCCCGAUAACGCCGGAUGGUUUCUUCCUUGUUAGUUCCAGCAAGGAUUCCUCACCGAUGUUGAGAAAUGGAGAGACUGGAGACUGGAUUGGAACCUUUUUAGGGCAUAAAGGUGCAGUGUGGAGUUGCUGCCUGGACAAACAUGGUUUGCAUGUAGCAACUGCAUCAGCUGAUUUUUCUGCGAAGUUGUGGGAUGCACUAACCGGGGAUGUUUUGCAUUCGUUUGAGCACAAGCACAUUGUUCGUGCUUGUUCCUUCUCAGAGGAUACUCACUUGCUGCUAACUGGAGGGAUGGAAAAAGUUCUUCGUAUAUUUGAUUUGAAUAGUCCGGAUGCACCACCCAGGGAACUAGAAAAUUCUCCUGGUUCAGUUAGAACGCUUGCUUGGCUCCAUAGCGACCAGACAAUCUUAGGCUCUUGCACAGACAUGGGUGGGGUGAGGUUAUGGGAUGUGAGAACUGGAACGAUUGUUCGAACACUUGAGACAAAGGCUUCUACAACCAGCGUUGAAGUGAGUCAUGAUGGCCGCUAUAUAACAACUGCUGAUGGAUCGACCAUUAAGUUCUGGGAUGCAAAUCACUUCGGUCUGGUCAAGAGCUACGACAUGCCCUGUAUAAUGGAGUCAGCCUCGUUGGAGCCGAAGCUUGGCAACAAGUUCAUUGCAGGUGGAGAAGACAUGUGGGUCCAUUUAUUCGACUUUCACACUGGAGAAGAAAUCGGGUGUAACAAGGGGCACCAUGGUCCGGUGCAUUGUGUUCGUUUCUCACCUGGAGGUGAAUCAUACGCCUCUGGAUCUGAAGAUGGGACUGUUAGAAUAUGGAAGACCGGUCCGUUUGAUCAUGCUGAACCGGAGAGUUCAGCUGCCAACGGACCUUCUCAGGGCGUGAAGGCUGUCGUGAACGAGGUUACACGACAGAUGGAGAAGGCGCUUAUUGUUGAUGACAAGAACAAGAAACAACAACUGCCAACUGAGGUGAAGGCAACGGAGGCCCGUUAGUGUUAAUAGUGUUACCUGGUGUUACAUUGUCUAAACGUUUGAGGGAGUCAUCUUUUUUAAAUAAGAAUGAGCUUCUAUCAUUUGAUGUUAAAGACAAAAUACCACAAUCAACGGAAGCCAGAGAUGAGAAGAUUUUUGCUACGAAA